AUGUCUCUCAGCGCACAAGCGGAAAGCCGAAAAGAGAAGCUCGCGCGUAUGCGGGCUCUCCGGGAGGGCAAGAAGGUCGAUCCCGUGGAGGCCGAGGUUGCUACACGGGAGGAAAAGCCAACAUUCAAGGAACGAAACUUCGAUCUGGAGACGGAGUCGACCAAACUGGGAUACGAUGCCAACCCGACAGAAGGACAGGAGACUGUUGAGCUGCUAGGAGCUGAGGAAGAGGCAAGGACGAUCCAGGAGCUGAUGGAGAAGAACCAAUCUGCAGUGGACUAUCUAAAGUUGCAGCCGAAACGAGCCAACUGGGAUCUGAAGCGAGACCUCCAGGAGGAUCUGGAUCAGCUUGACAGAGAGACUGAUCAAGCUAUUGAUGUGCUGGUUCGGGAGCGAAUUCGAAAGGCUACUGGGGAGGAGACUGAGGGGUGA